AUGAGUAACAACGAAGAAUCUGAAGAGAAAUCUCAAACAGAAACGACUGACUCAAGAAUAUUACACAAACACAUUCAUAUAUCGAAAUGGAUGUGUGUACUAUUCUCUAUUGUUGUGAUCGUUUUGGUCAUAUCCAUCAUGGUGAUUAUUAUAUCUGUUGUCGGCAAGCAAAAUGAAAAGCUCUCAAAAUUAAGUCUAGCAGCACUAGAAACACGAGAACCGUCCUUAGAUGUAACACAUACAGUAGCAGAAAAGAGUGUUUAUCUUUCAUGGAAUCAAUAUGGAUCCACUGUGAUUAAAGGUAUGCAAUUCAAGGGAAUCGAUAUCGAUGACGAUGGAUCGAUUUAUUUUGCCGAUGCAGGAAAUGAUCGUGUUAUCAGACAAAGAAUGAACGCAACGCGUAGUGAAAUUGUUGCUGGCGGGAAUGGUUUCGGUAAUCGAGCUAAUCAGCUAAAUAGUCCAACAGAUGUGGUUGUUGACAAAAAGAAAAACUCGCUUAUUAUUUGUGAUAAAAAGAAUCAACGAGUGAUGAGAUGGUCUCUCCAGAAUGCGACGGAACAACGGAUUAUAAUUUCGAACAUAAAUUGUAAUGGUCUAGCCAUUGAUCAAGACGGAUCGAUCUAUGUCAGCGAUAACGAUCAAGCAGUAGUCAAACGAUGGAACGAUGGAGAAAACAUUGGAGAAGUUGUUGCCGGUGGAAAUCGAGUAGGAGAUGCACUAGAUCAACUUGAUCAACCAUCGUAUGUAUUUGUUGAUCAUCAUUAUUCCGUUUAUGUAUCGGAUACGAAUAAUAAUCGUGUGAUGAAAUGGGCGAAGAAUGGAAAAGCAGGAAUUGUUGUUGCCGGUGGCAAUGCGCAAGGAGACAACAUUGGACAAUUGUUUCUCGCUAAGGGAGUGGUUGUUGAUCAUUUGGGUAAUGUCUACGUCGCUGAUAGCCUCAACGAUCGAGUAGUAUGUUGGUCAGAAAAAACUCAAGAGUCAAUGAUUGUUGUCGGUGGGUAUGGCAAGGGAAGUGAUUCGCAUUUAUUAAAUGGCUUAGACGACAUAGCUUUCGAUCGAGAAGGAAAUCUGUAUGUCGUUGACAUUGGCAAUCGUCGAAUACAAAAAUUUGAUCGUGAAGACUGA